AUGCUUAUCCCCAUCACGAUUGCUCAUUCUUCAUCUGAGCCAAAACUACCGCCGGGCCUAGCGAAGAUAUCACACGAUGAGAUUGUCCUCGUCGAACUCCAAGGCACCCUCGAGGUUGAGUCUAACCAUCCUAAAGAAAGAAAUGGCAAACUAGUGGGGACAUUGAACAUUGAUGAAAUCACGAACAAACCUACUCUCCUCAUCGGCCACCACCUUCUAGAAGGGAAGAUCGUUUCGCUCCCAAAACCUCUCGCAAUACUCCAUCGCAGCUCCGUGCGGAGCUCCGUUGAUGUCGACUCAGAAGACGAUGUGAUGGAUGGAGGUCUCGACUUUGAGGAGAAAGAAGAACAGCGUAGCCCAGCCUGGUCUGUGGUGGCAGUUGUCAAAAAGAAGAUAAUUUUCUCCAAACGGCCGAUGCCUGUGAAUAUCAGUUGA